AUGGGCAACAUGCAAGCAAAGGAGAGGAUUGACUUGUCUCCUCGAACAUUAGCAUUGACAAGUGUCGAUGAUAAGGUGUGGCUAUGUAUACCAGAGGAGAACUUAUUCAAUGACUCAUUCACAAUUGAGAAGUACUAUAUGUUGAUGAGCAAGUCGCUCACAAACUUCAAAGAUGCCGAUCAUUUCAAAGCGAUCGAACAAAUAGAACAAUCAUUCUUCCCAUCCUAUAAGGACAGGUUCACAUUGGAUGCCAACAACAACAGCAACAGCAAUAGCAUUAAUAAUAGUAGUGGCAAUAGUGGAAACAGCGGAAACGGUGGAAACAGCAAUGGAAGUGGGGGUGGUAGUGUGGAAGUAGAUGUUCAACAACAACAACAACAAGCCGAGGGGCUUGGUGUCUCAAACAACAAACCUACGAAUGUCAAGCAACAGCAGCAGAACACUCAUUCAUUAUCUUCUUCAAAGUCGAUACCAACAUCUGCAUCGACAAUGUCAUUGCUUGGAAGUCCAAUACAUACUUCGGCAGGAGGCUCAGCAACAUCAACAACAGCGGCAUCAAACAGCAGUAUCUUCACGAGAAGCGCCACUCAAAGCCGACUAAACAGUGUACAUAGUCCAAGACAACAGCCAACAACAACUACUACAACGACGACCACGACGAGUGGCAGUGCCAUCGAUGGCGUGGCGUCCAAACGAAAGAUGGUUGCGCAAGAGAACACAUCUAGUAGCAGCAGCAGCAACAAGUCGCCUCCUCAACAAGCACCAGGUUCACCAACAGUCGGAGGGAUGUCUCCACCAACAUCGAGACAGCAAGGUGUUGUUGCCACGACUGCGUCAGGGGUGGGAGUGGCCGCGUCAGCAACAGGUUCGACGGCGGCAACAGCGACUACAAACCCAUUCCACGAGGAACUAAAGAAUAGACAGGACAUCCCUGUGUAUCUAAUCGAGGAGGAUCCAUUCCACACUCAUCAAGUGACCACAUCGCUCAUACUCGAGGACCUGUACUCGCAGUCCAAUGUCAACACAGCCUACUACUCCACGCUGUUGCAGAAGCGACUGUGCAUUCUGAAGCGCAUACACUUGGCGCUAAAGCGAGAGAUCGCGCGCAAGAAGCUGUUCGACUCGGUCUAUCACUCCAAGGCAAAGACACGCACCAAGAAGGUGCAUGCGCCACCCAUCUCUAUCCGUAUCGCCUGUCGCCUGUUCAUCACAACGCUCCAGGAGCAAGUGUUUGAGCAGCGCAUCUCGCUGCCGACGCUGCGCUCAUUCAACUCGAUGAUCCGCGAGCUGCCCCCGCUGUCCAUGGCUGGCGAGCCCCAGGACUGCAUCGAGAGUCUGACCAAGUGGCUGCUGUCGGCCAUCAACUCCAACAACAUGUACAUCAAGCGCGAGUCCAUGGAGUCGCUCAUUUCACUUGCCCUGAGUCAGGGCGCCCUCAGCGCAAUACUCUACGCUCUCUCUUUGAUAAUAAUGCCCGACAAGUUGCCAGCCACUGGCGACACUACCUUGGCACCUGGCAACGGCAACAGCAGUGGCAACACACAGACACAACAACAGCAACAGCAACAACAACAGCAGACACAACAACAGCGAUCACAUCCUCCACAUAUAUCAACAUUCAAGUCGAGUACGCAUAGUAAUAGCACUGGUAACAUGAAUGAUCAUUUGAAUACGCCCAUCACAGUAACCGACACAUCUGUUUGGAACAAGGACAUGUUGACCUUACGCCUGAUCCCCUUCAUCCGACAACUGGAGCAAUGGAAGGUCGACCUUCCCCUCAGUCCUCUAACCCGAGACCUGCUCUUUGCAACAUGGCCAAUACUUUGGAAUGACAAUGCAUCAGAAGACUCGUUGUCGUUUUUGUCAUCGCCUCAUACGAACAACGCGACAAUCACUUCGGAUGGCGAUUAUAUUUAUAUCCACGACUCUUGUGGCCUGGCCAAGAUAGGCACCGGCUACUUUGGCACGCAUCAAGGAAGGAUCUACGCACGCAACGGACAUUGGUACCCGCGAGAAAAGGGCUGGCUGGCAUCCGUUGGCAACUACCUGUACUACCGCUCGCCCUCCACCGACCAGGCGUCAUUCAUUGUUAUCGACCCCAUCACACUCAAGGAGGUGGGCCGCGUGAUGCAGGAUGGCACUGGCUCAUUCGCCUCCACAAACAACCUCACACUGCCCUUUGGCAGCGAGACGCCGCAGUCCGUGGUGGAUGCCAACCCACUGACGCCACAGUACCAGAUCACGACGCGCUCGCCCAUGUUCACGGACGGCCGCUACCUCUACAUCCUCACGCUGCAACGCUUCCACAACUACAACAACAAACAGUUCAUUGUCGACAUGUACGACCCAUUUGUCGCGUUCAAGCACGUGAAGCGCAUCGAGCUGCACUACCCCGACACCGAUGUCAACGAAGAGAUGGUGCUCAAUCCAGCGGUGCUCGAGUCGGGCUCGUUCUACACCAACGGACAUUAUCUGAUGGUCGUAUUGCCACCUCCAUUAUCCGGCGAUUACAGCACGGAUAUCAAGAGCUAUCUGUGUCGCGCGUUCAGUCUAAGUGACGGCUCGUUGUUGGGCAACUACUGUUUGGAGAACCAACCAAUUGGUAUCGCGUCCACCUAUGACUACGUCAACAAUGUCAUCUGGAACUACUCUAGCAGCGAGUCCGAGGUUGGCCGAUAUGGCAACGAAGGCUUUGGCCCCAAACAUAACUUCCCCGUUCCAUUCGCCCGGUCUUCCUCAACCUCCGCCAGCCCAGCAUCAAUUGUCAGUGGCGCGAAAGGUGGCCCUAACAAGCCUCAGACCCAGCCACAGCCCCAGCCUGGAACUAGUUCGACAAACACAAGUACAUCAAAGUCGUCGACGACAAUCACUACAACAUCGAACGCGACAGCGACAGCAACGAUAAUAUCGACCACGAUCACUACAUCGAUGGUGGAAAGCGAUGAUAACAUGGGGAUGGAUCCCAAGCAGGUGGUGUCGACCGUGCUCGGCAUACUCAGCCGUUUGGCUGUCGAUUACAUGCCGUCGACAUCAGAGAACUCCAACAACUCAUCGCCAUCGACCACGCACCACCUUUACAAACUGAGCGAGCCGUACAGUGUCGAGGUCAACUUUGAGACAUUCUCUCAACUCUACGACAUUCUCAAGCAUUAUCAAUCGCAGGUGAUGCGCAUUGGCCAGUCGACAGCGAUGUCUACACCCAAGUCCAUCGAUGUUCUGCGCUGCAUCAUAUACUGCUUGCGCCUGCUCAAAGUCAACCUGUUCCGACUGACGUCCAACAUACGCAGUCUUGAGCGCAGCCAACAGCACUACCAAGACAGCUCACGCGACUCCCUCCUCAAGUGCAUCGAUCAAUCAUUCCUGCACCAACUUCGCGACCUUCUUCUUGGAUUCAUAAUCGAUGGCAUUGAGGGUAGCAUUGGAUACGGUACCUCCUCCUCCAUGGGUAGUGCCUCGCGAGACUCACACACGUUACCCGAGCUCAACUCAAUCAUUGAGGAGUCGUGCGAGGUGCUCACACUGGGCCUGGACCUGUUCUAUCCAACAUCAUUGGACAAGGCAAGCUUUGUAAAGAUGCUGUUGGAGCGAGUCAUGAGCUACCGCGUGGCGGCCAUGUCCGCGAGCGAUCAAUCAGCAACGAUGUUGGAUCAGAAGGAGAAGGGCUACUCAAUCUUGCUCAACUCUGUGCUCACACUUCUUGCCAACCAUCCAAAUGCGUCCUUCUUUGCCCUGCCACCGCUGGUCUCGGAGCUACCAUCGCCAUUCAGCGUGGUUCAACUUUGA